ACAUACCAUCAUACCAUCUGAGUGAAUUUGAGUGGACUUGAUUUAACUUUAAAAUAUAAAUGAAAUGUCCUAUUUAACUCGCAAAAUAGCAUUAAUCCCAAGAGUGGCAUUAAGUAGAUUCUACAAUAAAAUAGUGAUCACUGACGAUGGCUCUACCAUUGUAGCUCUUCAUCAAGACUAUGAUUUUCCUUACGAGCAUUCAAGAGCUUUACCAGAAGAGACAAGUAAAGAUAAUACAGUUUUGAAAAUGACCGAUUUAGAUGAAGUUAAAAGAGUCUUCAAUGAAAUGAAACCUGAAUUUGCAAGAAAACAACUAUCAAACCUAACAUUAACUACUGAACAUCGUUGGUACCCUAGAGCUCGAGAUAAAAAGGCCAAGAAAACUGAAAUGAAUAGACCCUAUUUGUAGACCUUCUAAUUUUUUGUUAUAGAUGUAAUAUAGCUUGUUUUACCUC